AUGGCGCCCUCUGCCAUCUCCAACUCCCCUGAGCUCAGCUCUGCCCAGCUGGGCGUGAAGAAGGCCAAUCUGGACGGCAAGGCGGCCCUUGAGGCCAUCACAGGCCAAUGGGACGCCUUCACCUUCUCGCCCAUCCGGGAGAGCCAGGUAUCUCGGGCCAUGACCAGGCGCUACUUCACCGACCUCGACACCUAUGCCGAGUCUGACAUCGUCAUCAUCGGCGCCGGCUCCUGCGGCCUCAGUGCUGCGUACAUGCUGGGCAAGGCGCGGCCGGACCUGAAGAUCGCCAUCAUCGAGGCCGGCGUGGCCCCCGGUGGCGGUGCCUGGCUGGGCGGCCAGCUCUUCUCUGCCAUGGUUAUGCGCAAGCCCGCCGACGCCUUCCUCGCUGACCUAGGCGUCCCGUUCGAGGACGAAGGCAACUUCGUUGUCGUCAAACACGCCGCGCUGUUCACAUCCACCAUCCUGUCCAAGGUGCUGCAGUUCCCCAACAUCAAGCUCUUUAACGCCACGGCUGUCGAGGACCUGAUCACGCGCCGCGAGAAUGGCGCCAUUACUGACGUCCGCAUCGCGGGCGUCGUCACGAACUGGACCUUGGUGUCGAUGCAUCACGAUGACCAGUCUUGCAUGGACCCCAACACCAUCAACGCCCCCGUGGUGAUCUCGACCACCGGCCACGACGGACCGUUCGGUGCGUUCUCCGUCAAGCGCCUCGUGAGCAUGAAGCAGCUGGAGCAGCUCGGUGGCAUGCGAGGUCUGGAUAUGCAGACUGCCGAGGAUGCCAUCGUCAAGGGCACCCGUGAAAUCGUCCCUGGCCUCAUUGUCGGCGGGAUGGAGCUGUCUGAAAUCGACGGUGCCAACCGAAUGGGCCCGACCUUUGGAGCGAUGGCUCUUAGCGGCGUCAAGGCUGCGGAGACGGCUCUCCGCGUCUUCGACACCAGGAAGGCCGAGAUCGGUGGGAAGUGA